AUGAGCCAUUCCCAUUCGGACAUAAAUACAUACAACCAGGAAGGAAGAAUCAUACAAGUAGAGUAUGCAAUGAAAGCAUGUGGUUUGGGUACGACGACGAUUGGCAUAAAGCUUUCAGAUUGCGUUAUCCUUGCAUCUGAAAAAAAAUUGCUUUCUUCACUCCAAAAUCCCGAUAGUGUUAAGAAACAUUUUAAAAUUUACGAUACAAUCGUUGCUGCAGUAUCAGGAGUGAGUGGAGAUGCACCGACAAUUAUUAAUAAAUGCAGAAGUAUAUGUUUAGAUCAUGAAAAACUUUUUUCAGAACAAAUCGGAGUAGAAAAGCUUAUGGAAGAUAUCUGUGAUUUAGCCUUGAAGUUUAGUGAAAAGGAUCUUUCAAAAAAGAUAUUUAGUCGACCCUUUGGAGUGUCAUUAUUAAUUGCAGCCUUUGAAAACAACACGCCUGUACUAUACAGUAUAGAUCCAAGCGGAUCAUACCUUCAAUAUCAAGCUAGGGCAAUGGGCGCUGCAUCUGAAGUAGUUGAAGAUAUUUUAGAGAAGCAAUAUGAAAGUUAUAGUGAAAGAGAAAAAAGUAUUCCCAAAAUUUUAGAAGUUUUGAAAGGAGUAAUGAAAGAAAAGCUGACCGAGAACAACGUUGAAGUUUCUAUUGUAAGCAAGGAUAAAGUGGAAAUGCUUACGCCUGAGCAGAUUAAAAGGUAUAUUUGA